AUGCCUUCCACAACGUCGUGUCUGUCUUCGCCUAAUGCUACACCGUUCAUCAUCACUGUGCAGGAUGCUAUUCUACUGGAAGAUUCGGAGGGUUUCAGCAUCCUCCGUAACCACCUCUCGAAUGAAUGCUGCAACGACUUCUGCAGUGAACACGAAACAGAUGUUGUUGAAGACCAACAAGCCUGGAUUCUUAUGAGAGAUAUCCUCCAUGCCCUGCUUGCACCUGUUGUAGCACUUCACGACCACACAUCAAGGAUUGCUCAAAAGUACACCAAGGCCAUCAAACCAGAGGAUAUCGAAUUUGCUUUUAGAAACAAGGGCCGCAACGCAUUUGUCUGGCUCACUUCGUUCCUGGCAGAUGACGCAGACUGGUGUCUCAGCAAGGACUGCCCCGCUUGCGUAGUCCAACACGCCUUGGACGCCGAAUUCCAGAUCAGACUAAUGGCUGCUGCGUGUAUGCUUUCCUGCGCAAAGGGCCCGGAGCCUGGUGAUGGCCCGACUCUCCCCUCAUUCGACUUCUUCCUCCGAUCGCUAUGUGAUGCUCUCACGGAAGACGAGCUCUGGGGCCCGGAGUAUUACGAAUACGUCGAACCCAAGGCCGAAGACUUGAACCUCGGUAUGCAAGAUCUAAUGCGUCAGUGUGAGCGACUCGAGCUGUCCAUGACACCGCCUGGUACUCCGGAAGACGAACCUCUUCCUUCAUUCUCAUACUUCUCGGAGCGCAGAAUGUCCCUCAUGACACCAACCAAGACCAUCUACCCGAGGAGACAGUCCGUGGUACCGGGCAUCACGAUAAAGCGAUCAAAGCUAGCCAAGGUCCAAAUGAAGAUGGCACAGGAGGAGGAACAGUGGCUGCAGUCUUUCGUCAACAACGCAUGGCAAUCACUCAACCCAUUUCAGAUGGAGCUGCCCUCGAUGAACACAAUCGCGCGCCGCAUGUCGCUCGUCGCAGGCCCCUGA